AUGCUCAUCACUCUCGCCAUCUCUCCUCUCGUACUGUGUCAAAACGCGACAAGAUGCCACAGCGAUGCGUGUCUGAGAUCUUUCAAACGAAAUCAUCACCAAGCGCAACGAUACUGUGCAGAUCAUCCCAACCCAUGGCGGAUGAGUCCCGCACCUCGCUGGGCCAACGAAUGUCAUAGUUUGGGUCGCAACAAUAACACGAGGCAGCGUCUAGCUUCUGUCUGUUCCUGCUUGCACAAGCCAAAGGCCACCGGUGAGCCUGUUUACACUGCAAAAGCCUCUCCGAGCAUGAAAAUGAGCACCACUCAGAGCACCACCGUACUUGCCCCAUCUAUCGAAGCAGAUGCAAGCAUCGCCGCUUAUAUCACAUCGGGAGCUUCGAUGUCCGAUGAAGCUGUCGCUACCUCGACUUACGUCUUCGAGGACCCCCCAAUUGUCGACGAGGAUAAGAUCAGUCGCACGAACUGA